UCACGGGACACAAACAUGAAUAACUCGACGAACGUAAGCUCUUUGGAGGAUGUGAUGGCCCUUGGGAGUCCUUAUAAAACUGUUGAGGUAGUCUUCAUUGUCAUAGUGGCUGGAUCCCUCAGCUUGGUGACCAUCAUUGGGAACAUCCUGGUUAUGGUGUCUAUUAAAGUCAACAGGCACCUGCAGACAGUCAACAAUUAUUUUCUUUUCAGUUUGGCAUGCGCUGAUUUGAUCAUUGGCGUCUUUUCCAUGAAUCUGUACACUCUUUACACUGUGAUUGGCUACUGGCCAUUGGGACCUGUAGUUUGUGACUUGUGGCUGGCUCUUGAUUAUGUGGUCAGCAAUGCCUCUGUUAUGAACCUUCUCAUUAUCAGCUUUGACAGAUAUUUUUGUGUCACCAAGCCUCUGUCGUACCCUGUCAAGAGGACCACUAAGAUGGCAGGAAUAAUGAUUGCAGUGGCAUGGGUACUCUCUUUCAUCUUGUGGGCACCUGCAAUUCUCUUUUGGCAAUUCAUUGUAGGGGAAAGGACUGUUCCUGAUGGGGAAUGCUACAUCCAGUUCCUGUCCAAUGCGGCCGUCACCUUUGGCACGGCCAUUGCAGCUUUCUAUCUGCCGGUUAUCAUUAUGACUGUUCUCUACUGGCAAAUAUCUCGGGCCAGUAAGAGCAGGAUUAAAAAAGACAAAAAGGGGGGUGGGCAAAACCAGGAACCAGUUUCUCCCAGUUUGGUCCAAGGCAAAAUAGUGAAACCAAACAAUAACAACAUCCCAACCACCGAAGAUGGGAUAGAACAUAGCAAAAUUCAGAACGGAAAAGCCACUGGGGAAUCAUUGGUAGGAAAUUGUGUCCCUGCAGAGGAGAAGGAGAGCUCAAAUGACUCCACCUCUGUCAGUGCUGUAGCUUCCAACAUGAAAGAGGAUGAAGCCAUCAAAGAGGACUCCAGGGCUUCCGUCUCCCAAGUCAAUGCCAAAGUGGAGAACUCCAAACUGACAUGCAUCAGGAUACUCACAAAAUCCCCCAAAGGUGACUGCGAUAGCUCGGCUAACACCACCGUGGAAAUUAUAGGCAGUGAUGGCCAGAAUGGAGAUGAGAAGCAGAACAUUGUUGCCCGAAAGAUUGUCAAGAUGACUAAGCAACCAGCCAAAAAGAAAACACCGCCUUCCAGAGAGAAAAAAGUGACCAGGACUAUCUUAGCUAUUCUCCUGGCCUUCAUCAUUACCUGGACACCAUAUAAUGUCAUGGUGCUCAUCAACAGCUUCUGUGCAUCGUGUAUCCCUAACACAGUAUGGACGAUUGGUUACUGGCUGUGCUAUAUCAACAGCACCAUUAAUCCUGCCUGCUAUGCGCUCUGUAAUGCUACUUUCAAGAAAACCUUUAAGCACCUCCUUAUGUGUCAUUACAAGAACAUUGGAGCCACAAGGUAA